AAAAUCUACUCGCGCUUCUGCCGCGUUGACAGUCAUCGCUUUGACUCCCACAGGAGUUGUCUCAGUUUUCUUCUUGCACCACCCUGAUGCAUUCUGCGACGCCUGUAUCCAUCCCGACACCAGUCCAAACUGGUACCGAACGUCCCAAUGAAGGCAAUUCUGAUUGAAGGUUCCAAGUUAUGAAAUGUUCGGCCAGACCAAGAUGGCAAGGUUCUGGAAGAAUGAUCUAGCUAGACUACCGGUAGCGGUUGCUCCGUUGGAGAUUUUUCGAUGCUGAUACGGCAUUCUGCUCACCCCGUGGAGCCAAAUCAGUGCAAUUUUUUGUGCUAGGGAAACAUGGUCAAGACGGUCAAGUACCUAACUAACUGAUGCCGUCAUCUAAUGGAAGUUUCCUUUACAAAAAUCUUCCAAAAUCUAUUGUAGUUGCUAUGAUAGAUGGAAUAAGCCAAGCAUUAUGCCCGUUUCUCGGCCAGCUCGGCUAGGAUAUCCUGCACCAAAUCAAAGAAUGGAGGUACGGUGUCAACGUGAAUACUUUCAUCCGGAGAGUGAGCGCCUUCAAUGGUGGGCCCAAAGCUCAGAGCAUCUACAUUGCCACCCAUCUUUUCAAUGAGCAACCCACACUCCAAUCCUGCGUGAAUUGCCUUGAUUCCAGGCGUCCGAUUGAGUCGCUGCGAGAGCAAGCUUUUGGCCAUUUGAAGCACUGGAGACUCCAUGUUUGGAUUCCAACCAGGAUACGGUGGUGUCUUUUCGAUGGUGGCUCCAGCCAGCGAGGCCACUGCGGUCAGCCGAUCUCUGGUGGAUUCCAGUGCCGUGGCGAUGGAAGAACGAGUCGAACACAGAAUGGUGGCCUUGUCAUCAUCGUCCAUUGUUAGGGAUGCCACAUUGUUGGAUGUUUCCACCAAGUCAGGAAUCGAGUGUGAAAACUUGAUGGCACCAUGCGGCAAUGAAAGCAACAUGGAUAAAAGGCGGCUGGCGGAUUGUUUUUUCAAUGGUUUAAGACACGAGUCGCUUGAUUCAUCGCCGUCGUCUGUAGCAACAACAACAACACGUAAAUUCGAUUCCAACACACCGUACUCUGCCUUUGCAGCAGACUGACUGGUUUCCGCAACUUUUUGGACAGCUGCUUGGGCAUCUUUGCCGGAAACGAGCAAGUGGGCUCUGGCUUCUCUGGGAAUGGCAUUGUGUUUGUCGCCUCCAGUAAUAGAAACAAGAUGGACCCCUUCAUGCUGGAGGGCUUGUUGGGUUGCGGCAGCACACAAUAGAACUGCAUUGGCCCUCCCUUCGUGAAUGUUGAUACCAGAGUGUCCUCCCAUGAGUCCGUCCACUUUCAAUUCGACGAGCUUCCAUUCACCAUCGUUUUCAAGUACAUCAUCUGAUGAUCUUUCCAAUGGCAGUGUCAACGUCGAUUCACCACCACCGGCACAACCCACGUACAAUUCCCCCCACUCCUCCGUGUCUAGGUUGAGCAUGGUGGUUCCAGUAAGGCCCAGUUCCUGAGCAUUGAGUUCUGUGGCUCCAGUUAGCCCCGUCUCUUCGUCAAUGGUAAACAGUGCCUCCAGUGGUGGCAUGGGUCGACUACUACUACUAGUAUCGGUUGUGGGAGUCUGCAAGAGGGCCAGUGCCGCUGCCACACCAAUACCAUUGUCGGCACCUAAAGUGGUCCCUUGCGCACCCAACCAGUUUUCCGAUGCCUUUUGGAAGCGCCGAAGAAGAAUGGGGUCCGUUUCAAAAUUGUGAACCUUGUCACUGUUCUUCUCGGUCACCAUAUCGACAUGUCCCUGCAGCACGACAGGAGGUGCCGCUUGGCCGGUGCCACAUCCAGGAUGAAACACGGCCAGAUUUCCCACGGCAUCUUGUUUCCACUUUAGAUUGUGAUGGUCCGCAAAAUCCUUAAUGUAUUGAAUGACGGCAUCUUCUUGUUUGGAAGGACGAGGAAUCGAUGACAGAACGGCAAACUGAGACCACAAAGAUUUCGGUUCCAAGUCGUCAAUGGCGUCCAACGUGUCUUGUGGGAUUUCAAUCUUGGUGGCGGCGGGAUGAACCAACGUCGUGAUGCUUGCAGAGAACGAUUUCGACGUUGUGGCCAUCAAAAUGGCAGAGCUAAGGCUCCGCAACCUUUAUCCUCUGCUAUGAUUGUACUGUACUAGCUAGUACUCAGUAAUGAUUCUUUGGAAGUGCUAAUGAAUAACGAAGUGCGGUACCACCAUGCAGCGCCAUGGUGCCAUUCGGUUUUGCGGCGAACGCUGACUCACCCACAAGAUCCAGAAGUAGUGUGCGUCCGAUAGUUUUUAUUCACCCCGAGAAUGGAACGAAAGAACCAAGGCAAAACUGUCUUGGAGCGCCCAGAUUGGUGGUGUGGAGAGGUUGGUGGCUUUCUGAAUGAUGGUACGGCUGGUCUAGGCUGAGCAAUAUUUGGCACCUCAGUGGUGCUUUUCUGUUGAGCUGAUGUUGUUCCUUUCAAGAUAGAUACCGGUACUGCAGAUACCGGUGCAGCCUGCAUGAUGGCCAGGUGUCCCGAUCCACACCAAAGCGUAGGUAAGUCAGCACCGGCUUGACAUUAGUAGUAACGGGGGUUUAGAGUAGGGAAAUUAGCUACGGAUGCCAGCCGGGGCCAGGCUUAAGCAAAGAACAGUCCAAAUUCAGGACUAGGUUCUGUGGGAUCAGGGGCAAGAAAGUGAGGACCAUUAUGGGGGCCAAUGGCUGGUUUGGCUUUGCAAGAUCCACGGAGACAUAAAUGGGUAGCUUUUGAUGGCAUUUGAUCUCAUUCCACAAUUGCCAGACAGAUUGGCAAGGUGCCUUUCUAAAGAUAUGCUAUAAAGCCCACCGGUUUGGCCAACAGACAAUGUUUUACAUGUGAACCGCUCCAGGCAUUGUUCGUGCAGGUCGCGAUCCCUUCUAUGUAUGGGGAUCACCUGUCGAUGCUCGGGAAGCUUUACUUUCAGACCUUGCAGCUUCACACCUUCCCAGCUUCCUUUCAUUUUCACGGCUACGGAAGCAACGGUACCGUCCGUACGGUGUUGUACCACCAGCUGCCAAAAUUCACCGACACAUUCGGCAGUCCUGGCCAAUUCGAAACUAGCCGAAGUUUACAGGGUUGUGUUACUCCCUUAUCCACGGUGAAGCCAACCUCUGUAGAUGUUGCUUUUCCUUGGAUAACAAACGCCGAUGUUAAAAAGUGUACUUCUCUUAUAAACGAACCAUGACCACGACUGAGAGAAAGUGGCUUCGUACGUGUUUAGCCUUCAACAUGGGCAUCUCAUCCAUCUCCUUGCCUUUUUCUUCAGCUUGCUACCGUACUAGCCGAACCAAAUCCAUGUCUGGUAUGAUGCUGUGGGUGCUCUCGCAACCACUAACGAGAAACGAUUGCACCCCCUCGCUCCUUGUCGGUCUUGGUGGGAUGAGAACGAUACCAUAAAAAGAUAAUCAAUCAGAGUCCAUUCACUCUCGCUACCGGUACUUGCUUUGGAAAACAAAUUUCGUACUUCUUUCGCAAUAAUGAGAUUCCUUGCUGCACUGCUCCUUGUCUUGGGGGUGGCCUGUUGGACCGAAUCUACCAAUGCAUCGACGCUGAGGAAGAAGCCUCGCAAAACCCAAACAAACGAAAGCGUCCAGAGGCGCCGUCGUUUGGUUCAGGAGACCUUAAGAUCAGAAUUACAGACCAUGAAGAAGACACGACGUGCAUUCAACGCAACUGCACAUAAAGAAAACAACUAUUCGAGAAAUCUCCAGGAAGAGCAGCAGGAACCAGCAAAUCAAUGGAUUGUCACACUAUCAGAAACGCCAUUGCUUAAAUGCCCAGGCUGUGCUGGCCUGGUCCAGACUCAACAAGAUCGAGUCUUUGCCGAAAUCCAAAAGAUGUUCCCUGGCAGCUCUUUGAUGUCCAACUCGCAAAAGCUGGUCAAUGCUAUCUAUGUCCAACUCCCUGCAUCAGAAGAUGGCAAUAAACAUCAUGUCGAGGGGUCUAUUCUCGGUAUUGGUGACGUCGUCGAGGUCAUGCCCCACGGCAGCCUCCAGCUGGAUGUCUUUGCCGCCGCCGAACACAUUGGAGCUUUCCAAGCCCGCAGAGCAUUCUGUGGAGUUAGUGGAAAGGGAGUGACUGUGGGGGUUCUGGACAGUGGAAUUGAUUAUACCCACAAGGUCCUUGGAGGAGAGGGGACCCAAGAUGCCUAUCAAGAAGCAUACGGAUUGGGUCCUUACUCCAGAGCCAAUCGGUUGAGAGAGGGGUUAUUCCCAACAGAGACCGUGAUUGAUGGUUAUGAUUUUGUUGGGGAGUUCAUCACUCGGCCAGUUCCUGAUGAGGACCCCAUUGAUUCAUUUGGCCAUGGCACGGCUGUCUCUGAUGCUAUUCUGACAGUGGCACCGGGUGUCAAACUGGUUGCCAUCAAAGUGUGCUCUGUUUCCAUGGCUUGCCCUGCCUUCUCGCUCAUUAGGGGUUUGGAAUUUGCCCUGGACCCAAAAGGCGACAAUAGCUUGGAAGGUAAAGUUGAUAUUAUCAACCUCAGCCUGGGAGUUGCUUGGGUUUCUCCCUUCUACAACUUCGUCUCCUCUGCACUGGAAGCAGUCGUCAACGAGUAUGGGGUUGUCGCAGUGACAUCUGCUGGCAAUUCUGGCAAUCUCCCGUAUGUCGCGGGUGGUCUUUCAGCGGCGCCUUCUUCCAUUAGUGUUGGUGCAACUGGGCAUCCAGGUACCAUUGAUGCUGGGGUAAUGGCCAAUUAUUCCUCCCGGGGCCCUGGCGAAGGAAGCAUGUUAAAGCCGAACCUUGUUGCACCAUCAGGGCUCACUCUUGCUGCCGCCGGCACUGGAACCUCCAGGUAUAGGGACAUCCAAGGAACCUCAUUCUCUGCCCCGCUUGUGACUGGUGCGGUGGCUCUCAUCUUGGAAAGAUGCCCCGAUUGCAGCCCAUUCGCAGUUAAAUCACUGUUAAUGAACAAUGCAAAGAGGAGUGUCAGGUAUCACAAUGAUUCUACGGCUUUGAGCCCUGUCACUUUGAGUGGAGCUGGGGAACUGCAGGUCGAGAAGACUUUGGAAGCGGAUGCAUGGGCUUACUGUGUCGAGGACGUGCAGCCUUCUAUCAGUCUGGGGUUCGUCAAUGCUGCCAAUGAUAUGACUUUCACAAGAACAAUCAAGGUAAUCAACCUCUCAAACAACGCAAAGACAUUCCGAGUCAGCUACGUUAUGAGGGAUCCCAACCAUCCGUACAUCGACGCAAUGCAGAUAGAGUUGAAUACAUCGGAGGUUGUCCUCGCCGGUGCCUGCAACAACGAGGCGUUCGUAGAAGUGACGUUUUCCAUUGAUGCCACUCGAUCCCCACCAAACCACCUCACAUCCGCGGGAAGGUCCAGCCUCAACGCCACCAAUCUGGAUAUUCACGAGCUGGGAGGUUUCAUCGUGUUGACAGCAACCGGGGGUGACAUUAGCUUGCCAUUUGCUGCGAUCAUUCGCCAAGCCGCAGAUGUGACGAGCGCGGAAGCUGUCAUCCCAAUCUUCGGUGGUGGCGGGGCAAUGGACGUGGCGGUGGACCUGACGAACAACGGAGCGGGAAUGGCACAGAUCGAUGCGUUUCAGUUGGUUUUGCAGAGCGAAGAUGAUCCAGAGAGCGGCUUUGGGCAGCAGAUCGCUCCCAAUGACCUGCGCUAUGUCGGAUAUCGCGUCCUGGAAGUGGGCGAAUUUGGGUGUACCCAUCUUGUCGAGUUCGCCUUCAACACAUGGGAACAGAAGAGUGGGCGCCUGGUCACACAAAUCUAUGGCGUUGACAUUGACAUCGAUGGAGACAGUGAGGUUGAUCGUUUCCUCUUCAACACUGCUUUGGCCCAGGAGUGCCUUGUUGUAGACGCUCGUACGAAUGACACAGAGUGCACAGGUCUUCCUCCUGAUCACAGCACGAGUAGCUCCAACACGAUUCUGCGAGCAUGCUCCGAGGACCUUGGCAUCACCGAUUUCCGAGGACAGCUGGGUGUGCGAUUUGAAGCUAUCACCUUCAACGACGACGGAAUCAUCGUCAGUACCGACGCUUCAUCUGAAGACGAAAAUGACUUGAUUUGGGUCGACUUCCCAAUGCCAGCACUGCGUGCGGCGUCCUACGACAUCUAUCCUGGACAAACAAUACAAAGUAUCAAGGUGGAAGAUAGGACCGACGAUGACUCUGGGGAGCCGCCCCUCGGAUUGAUGCUGGUAACAAACUCGUACAGAAGCGAGUCGAGUACGGGAGCGUCCACUCCGGGAACCGAGGCCAUUGUUUAUCUGCGGGAUGGUUUGAGCCGCGACAGCUUGCCAUCCGAACAGACGCCCGACAGGAUUGAGUUCCCACCAACAGAAGACUUGAACGGACCGCAAUGCUCAUGGGCUGAGGUCGACGACCAAAAUUGUGACACCGGGGCCUUUAACGACCCCAACGACAUCACUAUCGACGCAAGCGAUACGCUGGAGAGCCCCAUGGGUGGUGAUGAGCGACCCCUGAUGCCCCCCACCAUGCCCCUGUUGUCGGGGUUCGGCCUGUCUCAAACCAGACAUCAUGACGGUUCUUCUGUUUUCGGGUGUACGCCCAUUGAGGUUCCUCGUGCUGCAGUGAUCACAUCACCACGAACGAGUCCUGUCGACGACCCAACUCCCACAAUACCCAUACCGGUGGCAUCCGCCCCAACAAGACCCACGAUAUCCAUACCAGUGGUCUCCUCGACCUUGGGGCAUGGUCAAGGUGUCGCGUUUGGUAUCACUACUCAGCAGGCCAAUCCAGGAGCCAAGGAGGAGGAAGGUGUCGACAGUACUGCCGGUGGAGAAUCUCUCAAUGACAAGGCCCCAGAGACAAGCGAGAUUAGUGAAGCAAGGCCGUCCUUGUCCUCCAGGGCAUUGGUAUUGACAACGACGUUGACGCUGGCGUCGCUGUUCUGCUGGAUGCGGUAACGCUAUGAUAAUUAUGGAAGGAAUAGUUCUCAAUGAUAGAAGAACAAUAAUAUAUCUAUAAUUCGAUAAUUACACAUGCUGCC